AUGGCGGCGCGUACAAUCUCGCAAGAAGCAUUCGAAGAACUGGUGAAAGAGAACAUCGACGACCUCGGCAUGGACCCAACCGAGGCUCUCCAAGACGCCAUCCAAACCCUCACUCUCCAAGGCGUCGAUCUCUCAGGCAUCGUCACGUGCGUCCCAGGCGAAAGUAACCCUGUCAUCGACUGCUUGGACCGCUUGAAACACCUUCAAUCCGAACCGGAUGAUAAUCAACUCGCCAUUAUGUUUAACGCGCUCCACGACUUGUGUUCAAAUCCAAAUCCAAAUUCAAAUCAAAAUGCAGCAAUUGCAACCAAAAACGGCGCCGUCGAGCUAGCUUGUUCGCUCUGUUCCAAAAUCCCCCACGUCACCGGAUCUCACGUGCUUCUUCUCUCCGCUUUAAACGCAUUGUCGUCGUUGCUUCACGAUGUUAAGAGUACGGGGACGUUUCAGCGGUGUGACGGACCGAGGAUUGUUAUUGGUUUUCUGGCAGACAAUAAGCAAGAUGUGGAGGUCUUGAGCAGUGUAUUUCGCGUCGUGGCUUCGGCUGCGACCGGUGAUGAGAUCGUGAAGGAGUCGUUUAUGGAGUUAAAGGUUGAUGAGCUGGUUUUGGAGAUCUUGUCGUUGCAUAAGAACAAGGGGAUCCAGAGUUUGUAUGACGCGGUUCGCGCGCUUUUGACGCCGGAUGACAAUCGAGUUGUGGCUUCUCAGGUAUAUGGUUAUGCACGCAAAUUUGCAAAGAUUGGAAUUGCAGAAGCCCUUGUGGAUUCUCUGAGUGCAGGGCUUUGCUCACCAGACCUAGUUUCAGCAUGCACCACUUUGAAAACCAUUGCUGUAAAUGAUGAAAUAUGUAAAUCCAUUGCUGAGAAAGGUGGUAUUGAUGCAGUACUUAGAUGUGUAGAUGAUAGUGGUGAACAAGGCAACAAAGCUGUGGCCAAAGUUUGUUGCUCAUUACUUUCAAAGUUUUUUUUGGAUUCAUCUGAGAAUGGUACUGUUACAUUGGUGCUAUUUUUGUUUGUGCUAUCUUAUGAAACCUCAGAGUUAGCAGGAAGUGACAUGAACAAGAGUGAAAUUGUUGGGAAAGGAGGUGUGGAUAAGCUAAUCAAACUCUCAGCGAGAUUUGCCGAUGACCCUUCCGUAUUGCUAGAGAUUAUGUCUAUUAUUUCUGUGCUUUGUUUAAGAUCACCUGAAAACGCAGCCCGAGCCGUUGAAGCUGGUGCUGGUGACCUAGCUGUUCAAGCCAUGCAGAAAUUUCCUGCAGCACACCAAAUGCAAAGAAACUCCUGUCUUAUGAUCAGAAAUCUAGUAGUGAGAAAUCCAGAAAACAGAACAAUCCUGCUUAAUAAUGGAAUUGAGAAAUACAUCCGGAAAGCCAAGGAAACACAUAGCAACUGUAAGGAUGCUGCCACCGAUGCGUUGAGAGAUUUGGGCCUUGAUAAUUACAACUUGUAA